AAUCACACCCAAAAUGGCGACAGACACAAAGUUCCAGGGCUGGCUCGGAAAGGACAAAGACUCCGUCGAUGGCAAGAUGCAGUGGGGCGACUUCGAGCCUAAGAAGUGGACUGAGGACGACGUCGACAUCAAAAUCGACUGCUGCGGUAUCUGUGGCUCAGACUUGCACACGCUCAAGUCUGGCUGGAGUCCAACCCCAUACCCCUGCGUUGUUGGUCACGAAAUCAUCGGCAAGGCGGUCAAGGUCGGAAAGAACGUCAAACAUGUAAAGGAGGGUGACCGCGUCGGUGUCGGCGCUCAGGCUCGCUCUUGCCUGCAAAAAGAUUGUCCAGACUGCUCUCAGGGCGUGGAGAACCACUGUAGCCGCGGCCUCGUUGGCACGUAUGGCUCUGUGUACCCUGGUGAUGAGGGCAAGUCAUAUGGUGGCUACGCAACACACAACCGCACGCACAACCGCUUCGUCUUCAACAUCCCCGACGGUCUUGACUCCGCUGAUGCGGCGCCUAUGCUGUGUGGUGGAAUCACUGUUUACUCACCAUUGAAGAACUAUGGCUGCGGCCCUGGCAAGACUGUCGGUAUCGUUGGUGUCGGCGGUCUAGGCCACUUUGGUGUCCUUUUCGCCAAGGCUCUCGGAGCUGACAAGGUCGUUGGUAUCUCAAGAAAAGCAGAGAAGCGCGACGAUGUGCUUAAGCUUGGUGCGGAUCAAUACAUUUCCACCGACGAGGAUAAAGACUGGGCCAAGCACAACAAGCAGACUCUUGACUUGAUUGUCUGCACGGUUUCAAGCGAAAAGAUGCCUCUGAACGAAUACUUGAGUCUGUUGAAGACCAAGGGCACGUUCAUCCAGGUUGGUGCUCCUGAUGGCGGCAACCUCCCGCCCAUCAACGCCUUCACUCUCAUCGGCACCGGAAUCAAGGUCGGCGGAUCUGCCAUCGGUUCGCCCGAUGAGAUCGCAGAGAUGCUCCAGCUUGCCGCUGACAAGAAGGUCAAGCCGUGGAUCCAGAAGCGUAGCAUGAAGGAGGCGAACCAGGCUGUCCUCGAUAUGGUUGAUGGAAAGGCGAGGUACAGGUAUGUUUUGGAGAAUUAG